GUUGGUUUACAUACCUAGCUGAAAAUAGCUGAAAUUUUAUUGUUUUAUGUUAUUUGAAUAACAAUUAUUACACACAAAGUUAAAAAGUAAGUGUAUUUACUACAAAAUGGUGAUACUCAAUUACGAACAGUACAGCGAAAUUCAGCAGUUUAUUCACAAGUUCCGAGGUUUGUCCAUUGAUUGCAAUCGCGAGCUGCUAAAGAAGUUUCCCCAACAUAGCCCGGAAACGCUCGGAAGUAUCCUAUCGCGAGAGGUCCAGCAGCGUUUGCGGCAAAGCCACGGGAAGAUCAGCGCCCGUGGUGAGGACCUACUGGCAGAGUACAAUCGCAAGGUCAAAUCCACCGGCCAGUUGGACGUCUUACUGCGGAUGUCCGUUUCGUUGCGAAUUCCUCCGCUUUCUCUGUGCCGGAUUAUACUGUUACGGAAAUACACCGAUAAAACGCGGUCCAAUGUCGGCAAUAUGAUCAAAAACCCGGAUCUGAUACCGGACUCCAUUCUGGGGGCCAACGUGAGCUACUGUUUGUACAACGAGAACAUGGAGGGCCCCAUAACGGACACGAUUCGACGCUGCAUCGGAGAAGAGUACGAGGUCAAGCUGAAGCAAAUGGCUCGAGACAUGGGCAUGGUGUUCUUCGACGAGGGUGAUCUGCGAAGGACGGGCUACGAUAAAACACCAGACCUCAAGCUGGCCAUUCCCUGCAUGUACAAAGGACGGGUGGUCAACUGGAUCGAAAGCAAGGCAUCGUUCGGAGAUAUGGAUUCACACUUGAAAUAUGUGCGCGAUCAGCUGAUUAGCUAUGGGAAUAGGUUCGGUAGUGGAAUCGUCAUUUAUUGGUUUGGUUACCUGGAUAUGAUAGCAGACUGUGCCGAAAAUGAAGAUUGCGUAACCGUCGUGGAUCGAUUUCCGGGACCAGAGGAAUUCGAGUUCCUCAAGUUCAAUAUUCCUGAGUCGUGUAACAAAGUACUGGAUGAAAUAAGUUAGUUCUUUUAGUGGUAAUGUUUGGAUUAAAAAUUGUAUAUCGUGAUGUUUUAAAUUUUAUUAAAUAAAGACUAAAGAGAUUUGCUAUA